CUUCCGCACGAGUCGAGCGAAAAGCAGAGUCCAAGGUGCGUCGGCGGGAUGACGCCACCUGAAUGGCCAUCUUGAAACCGGGCAUUCGACAGCGACAGUGACGCCUAUCUGCCCAGAUGCGGUUUCACAAUGAUGACCGCUGCCAGUGGAGAGCGGGGCGAACUGGGCGCACGCGGAGCCACGGAUCAAGCGAGGGGCACGAGAGGGACCAAAAGCCAUGAGGAACCGCUAUUUCACCAGACUCAAGGCCGUGCGGAAUUAUUCCUGGCACGACUUGGAGCUCUAUGACCGGAAGCUUCACCACAAAUUCUACAGAAGCAUUUACGUGACGGCUCCAAACAGCAGCGUCCGACACCAGAUCAGCGUGGGGGACUUCAUGCUGGUGGAGGGCCACGACGAUGACAACCCAUAUGUCGCGAAGCUGCUCAAGCUUUGUAGGGAUGUCUCUUCCUCGGACUCUGAGCCAAACUCGCACGCUGUGGUUCAGUGGUUCAUUCGCUUGAGUGAGAUCCCCAUCGGCAAGCGCAAGCUGCUUGGCCGGGAGGCUGCCAAACAGGAGAUCUUCUGGUACGAUGACCCUCCGAGGGACGUCAGUGUCAAGUGCAUCCUCGGCCCGGCCCAGGUCGUGGCUUUGGCCCCAGAGCAGGGGAUUCCCAAGGGGCAGAAGGACGAACAGACAUUCUACGUCAAACUCUCCUGGGACAACAAGUGCUUCCGCCCCCUGGCCCCAAAGCUGCUUGCCGAGAUGAGGCGGCCGCAGGAGCUGAGCCCUCGGCGCAACGCUUCCCCCAGGGUGCCAGGAACCAGGCCCGGGGACACUGCAGAGCGGGGAAUCGGACGCAUAGAGUCACGGCAUUCCAUCUCCAAGUCCUGCCCGUCCCAGGAAAUACGUGCCAGCCGAACCCCCCGUCCUUCCACUCCUCCUCGGGCCAGAAAACGGCUGAAUCUCGGAAGUCCCCAGAGGACACCCUGCAAGUCUCCCCGCACGAGGCUCAAGCUCAGCCAGCCUCAGCUUCCCAGCAGUCCCUGGAGUUCUCCGGGACCAAGUAAAAGGAAAGGGGCCUUGGCCGAGAGCCCUUCCCCCCAUAAGAAGACCCGCGCCAACGGCGAGAGUCAAGCCCUUCCCACCUCCCAGAAGGCAGCAAAGAUCCAUGAGCACCUGAGGCUUGCUCCUAUCCAGGGGUCCGUGGGAGCCAGCCCCGCCAUGACCCUGAGGCCCCACAUCCGCCAGCCCAGGGGGGCCAAAAAGUCAGAUGAGGAGGAGGAAGAGCAGGUCGAGAGGCUGCGGGGCCACAGGAAGCAGUCGCACAAGUCCUUGAGAAAGAUCAAGGAGACUUUAAGAAUUCUAGGUGACAGGAGUUGGGACUCCGAGAGUGAGGAAGAAUAUCUGCCAGAAGCAGCCGCCUCCAGCCCCGACUGCAGCAGCGCGGAGGAGGAGGAAGAGGUGUCCACGCCCCACAAGCGCCAGAGAACACGGAGGCCCGUGCUCCGUGCCCAGCGCUCUGCCAGCAAGCCUCCCCUACAGGCCACUCCUUCCAGGACACGGUCUAAGACCCCAUCCAAAACGCCUUCUAAGACCCCAUCCAAGACACGGUCCAAGACGCCUUCUAAGACUCCUUCCAAAACCCCCCAAAAACCACCUGAGCUCAGGACCCCCCAGAUCCGCAGGCGCAGCCAGGCCGCCCAGAAGCCCAUUAGCGCGCUCGAGGAGGCCCGGAUCAGGCUCCAUGUCGCUUUUGUGCCCGAGUCUCUGCCUUGCAGGGAGCAGGAGUUCCAAGACAUCUACAGCUUUGUGGAAAGCAAACUUCUCGAUGGGACGGGAGGGUGCAUGUACAUCUCCGGGGUCCCGGGGACGGGGAAGACGGCCAUCGUGCACGAGGUGAUCCGUUGCCUGCAGCAGGCCGCCCACACAGAGGAGCUGCCCUCCUUCAGCUAUGUCGAGGUCAAUGGCAUGAAGCUGACCGAGCCCCAUCAGGCCUACGUGCAGAUCCUGCAGAAGCUGACGGGUCAGAAGGCCACCGCCAGCCACGCUGCAGAGCUGCUGCAGAGGCGAUUCAGCCAGCCUGCGCCCGCCCAGGAAACCACGGUGCUGCUGAUGGAUGAGCUCGACCUCCUGUGGACGCCGAAACAGGACGUGCUCUACAACCUGUUUGACUGGCCUAGCCACCGGGGCAGCCAGCUCGUGGUCCUGGCCAUCGCCAACACCAUGGAUCUGCCUGAGAGAAUGAUGAUGAGCAGGGUGGCCAGCCGCCUGGGCCUCACCAGGAUGUCCUUCCAGCCUUACACCUACAAGCAGCUGCAAGAGAUCAUUGCAUCCCGCCUGCAGGGGGUGAAGGCCUUUGAAGAGGACGCCAUUCAGCUGGUCUCCAGGAAGGUAGCAGCUCUGUCCGGCGACGCCCGGCGCGGCCUGGACAUCUGCAGGCGAGCCACAGAGAUCUGCGAGUUCUCCGACCAGAAGUCCGACUGCUCCGGCCUGGUCAAGGUGGCUCAUAUCCUGAAAGCCACCGAGGAGAUGUUCUCCUCUUCCUACAUAAUGGCCAUCAGGAACGCCUCUGUCCUGGAGCAGGGUUUCCUGAGAGCCAUCCUGGCCGAAUUCCAUCGGUCAGGCCUGGAAGAAGCCACACUGCAGCAGGUCUACCAUCAGCAUGUGGCCUUGUGCAGAAUUGAGGGUCUGCCGCACCCCACGGUGUCCGAGACCAUGGCCGUGUGCUCCCGCCUGGGCUCCUGCCGCCUCCUGCUGGUAGAACCCAGCAAAAACGAUCUGUUGCUGCGAGUGCGCCUGAACGUCAGCCAGGAUGAUGUGCUCUAUGCCCUGAAGGAAGAAUGAUGAGGAAGCUAGGAGAAAAUAUAUAUAAUUUAUUACAAAUUAUUGCUAUUUUUAAAUUCAGUUUUUAUUUUUUUAAGGAAGGAAUGGAAAUAGUUUUAUCAUGUAUUUUUAAAUUUUACAUUAAACAUUUUGGGGGGUUUUCUAACACACCUUUACAAAGUUAGAACAUCGUUACCAGUCAAGUGUUUUAAACAUUGAUUUAACAUUGACUGGCUUGUACAGAAACAUUCAUCACCUCGGCUCCCACAGCCCCGUGAAGACUAACUGACAUAACCUCAGGUGAUUGCUUGUGCUAAAACCCAACCCAUUAAAAAGGGAGAAGAGUAGUAUCUUUCAACCAUCCGGACAGUUCAUAAAAAUGAGGUCACCACAAGUCAAUGGGAAAGACAUCAAGGUGAAAAUCUUCUGGUUUUGGGAAGAGAAAGGACCUUGCUGUUUCCGUUUGUUCACAUAGUCGCUCAGGGAGCUUCCUGAUCCAAAAUAGGAUGUCAGUGUGCAACAAAGAAAGUUGGGGGGCCUGUGAGUGCAUGAUUUUUUGUUUGCAGAUGAUUGUACACACGGAAAGCUGAGGUGCGACAAAGUAGGAUCAGUUCUAGUUCUCAGCUGCUAAUUCUGGCCUAAUGCUACCAAGGAAACCCAGAUCCCCCAUCAGCCAGCAGCACACCAUCCAUACGUGGAGCCAUCGGUUAACAGCAAACGGAGAUCAACUAGAAUCCUGAAAAAUUACAGGAUUGUUUUGUUUGGGGUUAAAAGUGAUACCACAAGUUGAGAGGUCAAAAGGAAUUGAAUGAGUGCUGCAGAGGCUUGGAAGGUAAAUUAUCAGUGAAGUUUCAAAAGUACAGAAAAUACAAAAAGGAUUUUCUUGUUUCAGAAAGUAACGGCUACUCAGAUCUAUCAGAACAAGAGAACAAAAUGACCACAGAACAAAAUCUACUGAUCCCCUCAAUCAAAAUUAGGGAA